CAACCUAGUGCCGGAUUAUCUGUUGCGGUAGGCGCCAGUCUUGUCGCCUCAACUGGUGGGACUAGUGGAGGUGGUGUUGCUAAUGCUGGUACCGGUACGACUUGUGCCAGUCACACCAGCAACACUAGCCAGACCAGCCACACUGGCCAUACAAGCCACGCUAUUCCAGCUGGUAAUGUUGUCCACACAGUUCAUACUAGUUCGGUUGGAGUGACCUCACCAUCUUCUGCACACCACCACUUAUCUAUUAGUAGCAAAGGAGCUACAUACGCACCAUACACACCUUCAUCUGCAGCCACUACAGUUUGCACCCCUUCUGGAACCGCCCCUCUUAGUACUACCCCAGCACCCAGUCCUGGAGCCCCACAAUCAAUCAUUUCAACGACCACAGUGACAUCCUUGCCGACACCGACACAUUCAUCACCUCCAUCUCCACCUCCGCCACCUACAACAGUAACAGGGACAUCAACUACCUCGACUUCUGGUUCUUGGGCGACUGGUGCCAAUGGAUGCAGCAGCACCUGCUCAACUACCUCGACAUCCGCAGCUAUCACUUCCUCGGCGACGCAGGCCACCAUUCCGCUUGGACCUACCACUCUCGCGGGAGCGCUAGGGACUGCGGUUGUUUCUUCGGCGCCAGUGGGUCAUUUGACCCCGACCUCAGUGAUUGCCGCACCAACUACAACUCCGGCAAGCAGCGUUACUAGUGAGACAGCAUUCAGCUUAAGUGGUAAUGAACUCAUCAACUCUGGAUUGACUCACCAUUCUGGGGGGACACCUCAAUCUUGUAUUAAACCUUCUGAUCUCUUAGAACCAUCCACGGAAGUUCCGAGUUCCCGUACGGGUCACGGCGAGAUAAGAGACAUUCUUGACACUUCAUCCGGUGUCUCUGAUCUAGAGAACAGACUGGUCAGUCUUCAGUUGAAGUCAAAUAUGGAAACUCCAGGUUUAGCCAGAGCCUUAGGACCCAGUGUGGCGGCAUCUAACUUCAAGACUGGUUAG